AUGGCGAAAGCCGCACCAGCUACGAACCAACGCUCGGGAUCGCAGGCCAAGCGUAAGAAGGCCAGCUCCAGCGCCAAAGCAUCUUCAUCCACCCCAAAACAGGAACGCAAAACUGUCGACCCUACCAAGCUAGCAUGGUCUACCGUCCAUUUGCCCUCCGAAGCGCAGUCUGGAGGUGCGGGUGUUACCGAGUCCGACUUCUUCGACUCACUAAACUGGGAUGAUGACGACUUUAUGGGAUUGCAAGAGAUUGACGAUGUCGACGUGCUGCAAGAGACCCGAGAUGACGGUUCGCGCACCAUCACCUUUCGCGCUUCUGAGCGCAAACUGAAGAGCAAGCAGCAACAACCCGCGGUAGCACCUUCAGCCAAGAAAGAGACGGAAAGUGCAGCUGCAACGAAGUCAAAGCCGAAGAAGCAGUCCAAGAAGGGGCCUAUCGAAGAAGUCGCUUCUGAUGUCGAGCCGGACAGCGCGAUAGACGCGAUUGAAUCCGCAGAUGUCACGGCCGCCACUCAAGACGACCUUGAGGCGGAUUCAGAUGCAUGCGAGACAGCGGUAGAUGUGACGCUACCAGCUCCAGGAGAUGCUGUCGACUCCGACAUCGACUUUGACGACGAUCAUCUAGCCGAAGCUUUCCGCAACGCCCACCAGCUCGAUCUGCAGGAUGACCAAGACGACCAAGCUGAAUUCGAUGACAAACUCCUUCCUUCGUGGUCACACCUGCCACUCCAUUCAGAUCUCAAACGCGCCUUGCUCCACAAAGGAUUCAACCAGCCGACCGAGAUCCAGAACCGAUCCAUUCCUUUCGCUCUUGGUCUGGAACAAGCAGCAGCCUCCUCCGACGACUCGGAGGACGACAAUAUUGCUGCCGCCUCCACCGCUGCAGGAAAUCCUCGCAGGAAGCGCGACGUCGUCGGUGUCUCGCAAACCGGUAGCGGUAAGACUCUCGCCUACGGUCUGCCCAUCCUCAAUUACCUCUUUGAGAACGCAGAAAACGCCAUCGCUUCAUCCUCCCGCCGCACCGCGGCCGACGACGUUCCACCGCCUCUCGGCGCGCUCAUCCUCUGUCCCACUCGCGAACUUGCGCUGCAAGUCUCCUCGCAUCUCACAGACCUCGUUCGAGCCAGCUGCAUCGUCGACGACUCCACAGAGAUCACGCACAAGAAGCUUCUCCGACGUCCCCAGAUCGCCGUCGUCUGCGGUGGAAUGUCGGAACAAAAGCAACGACGACUCCUCGACGGCCGUUCGAGACAGGGCGAUCGCAACUCUGGCGUCGACAUCAUCGUCGCCACCCCGGGUCGUCUUUGGGAGAUGACAAGACUGGACGAUCGUCUGGCAGCAAGGAUCAAGCAGACUCGUUUCUUGGUGUUGGACGAAGCGGAUAGGAUGGUCGAGGUCGGGCAUUUCGCAGAGAUGGAGCACAUUCUGAACCUUGUCAACAGGUCGGAAGCGAGACGUCCGUCGGAAGGGAAAGAUGGCCAGCAGCAGGGAAGCGGAUCGGACGAAGAUGACGAGGCGGAGAUCGAAACGCAUGGUGUCAAACCAAGCUCGAGCAUGCAGACCUUCAUCUUUUCCGCAACGCUCAGCAAGGCUUUGCAGGUCAACCUCAAGAGGCGUAAAAAGCUCAAGCAGUUCACCAAGAAGCGUCAUCUGAAGCGCCAGGACAACGCAACUACGUUGGACGAGCUGAUGGACCGGGUUGAUUUCCGAGACGCUGCGCCGGCGGUGAUCGACCUGACCCCCGGUCAAGGGUUGCCCGAGGGACUGAUGGAGACCAAGAUCGAGUGUGUCGGCAAGGACAAGGAUCUGUACCUGUACUACUUUUUGCUGCGGUACCCUGGUCGAACGCUCGUCUUUGUCAACUCGAUCGACGGCAUCCGUCGCCUGACACCGCUGCUCGCCCAACUCAACGUAGUCUGCUAUCCGAUCCACAGUCAGCUCCAACAGAAGCAACGUCUCAAGAACCUCGAUCGAUUCCGCGCGUUCAACCGUACCGCCAAGACGAACAACUGCGUGCUGCUGGCGACCGACGUAGCUGCGCGUGGACUCGACAUCCCCAGCGUCGAACACGUCGUCCACUACCAACUUCCACGAUCCGCCGAUACUUACGUGCAUCGAUCGGGACGUACCGCACGUGCCGGCAGCACCGGCGUCGCACUGGCCCUGAUCGAACCCAAGGAGAAGCAGCUUUGGUCCAAACUGUGUCGUGCCAUGUCGCGCAAGACGGACAUCGCCACCUUCCCCAUCAGCUUCUCCACCCUCUCGCUCCUCCGGGAUCGCGUCGAACUGGCACUCGCCAUCGACAAACAGACCCACUCGGCCAACAAACAGCAGCACGACGACAACUGGCUCGCCAAGCUAGCCGAGGAAGCGGAUCUCGCCCUGUCCGACGACGACGAUGUGGAUCCUGAUGCACCUAAGAGUCGGCGAGGAGGGAGGAAGGUGGAGGAGGCGAAGCUGAACGAGAUGAAGUCGAGGUUGUCGACGAUGCUGGCGAGACCGAUUACGAUGAAGGGGUUGUCGCACAGGUACUUGACCGCGGGUGGGUUGCAGGGGAGUGCGUGGGUGGACGAUAUGGUGAGGAGCCAAAACCACGGUGAGAUUCUGGGGGUGGAGAACACGGAUGCCAGGACAGAGUUGCAGUCGAGACAGCAGGCAGAGCAGCCGAGUAGAAAGAAGCAAAAGACGGAAAAGGGCGCCAAAGCUGCAAAGGUUGCGGCCGUCAGUGCGGAUACCGCAAAGACGGUCGCUGCAACAGCAGCAGCAUCGGCGGCAGCAGAGACGAUGUCGAACAAGACCAAGAAGAACAAGAAGAAACAGCACCAGCGUCAAAAGAUCAAGCCGUACCAGAAGAAGGAGUAG